AUGGGAAGACUAUGGGUGUUGUUUUUAAUUGCACUGUUUCAUUUGUUUGUGUUAACUGAAAGUUCACGUGUUACGGUAUAUCAAGGAGAUACACUACCUCAUCAUGGAAGAUGUGAACCAAUAACGAUACCUUUCUGUCAGCAAAUAAGAUACAAUCAAACGAUUUUUCCCAAUUUAUUAAACCACGCUAGGCAAGAGGAGGCAGAUCUGGCAGUCCGACAGUUUACGCCUUUCAUUAAAGUGAAUUGUUCACCGGACCUAAAAUUCUUCUUAUGUUCUGUAUAUGCCCCAGUGUGUACAAUUUUAAACACUCCCAUCCCACCUUGUCGUCAUUUGUGUGAAUCGGCAAAACAAAAUUGCUAUAAGCUCAUUGUGAGCUUUUCCUCGCCAUGGCCGAAAGAAUUAGAGUGCUCAAAUUUUCCUGAAGUAACAGGUGAAAAUGUUAUUUGCGUCGGAGAUAACAAUGUCACUCAUGAAUCUCGAAAACCACCAGAGAAUAAACUCCCAAAAGUAGAUUACAAGUAUAACUAUGACAGAGACCCAACAAAAUUACAAGGAGCCAAAGAUUAUGGGUUUGUUUGUCCUGUUCAGUUCAAAAUUCCUAAAAGUCUAGAUUUGGAAUAUUCCUUGAAAGUUGGUGACAAAGUGGAAUCUGAUUGUGGAGCCCCAUGUAAUGGAAUGUUUUUUAGUGAAGAUGAAAAAAAUUUCGCUAGAUUAUGGAUAGGAACAUGGGCCACAUUAUGUACCAUUAGCUGCCUCUUCACUGUCCUGACUUUCCUAAUAGACACAGACAGGUUUCGGUACCCUGAGAGACCAAUAAUAUUUUUGUCAGUAUGCUAUUUAAUGGUUGCUGCAGCCUAUGUAAUGGGAUGGAGUUCAGGAGAUACUGUAAGCUGUCAGGGCCCAUUUCCUCUAACAGUGAGUGGUACAAGAUUACCAAACACUUCAGUAAUAACACAAGGAACAAAACAUGAACCAUGCACAAUCCUCUUUAUGGUGGUGUAUUUCUUCAGUAUGGCAUCAAGUAUUUGGUGGGUAAUAUUAACCCUGACCUGGUUCUUAGCAGCUGGACUAAAGUGGGGUCAUGAAGCCAUCGAAGCUAAUUCUCAGUAUUUUCAUUUAGCUGCAUGGGCAGUGCCUGCUAUUAAAACUAUUUCAAUUUUAGCCAUGGGUAAAGUUGAUGGUGAUGUUUUAUCUGGUGUAUGCUAUGUUGGACUAUGGGAUUCAGAAGCUCUACGAGGAUUUGUUUUGGCACCAUUAUGCGUUUAUCUUGUUUUAGGAACAAUUUUCUUGUUUGCUGGUUUUGUCUCUCUAUUUAGAAUAAGAACUGUUAUGAAGCAUGAUGGUACUAAAACAGACAAAUUAGAAAAAUUAAUGAUUCGUAUUGGCAUAUUUGGAGUUUUGUAUACUGUGCCAGCAUUGAUUGUUAUUGCGUGUUUAUUUUAUGAACAGGCUCAUUUUGAUAGUUGGAUGUUAACUUGGCAUCGUGAUAUGUGUUCCAAGCCUCUGUAUUCUAUUCCUUGUCCAUUUACACACCAUGAGGUAGACAGGCCAAAAUUUGAAAUGUUUAUGAUAAAGUACCUCAUGACAAUGAUAGUUGGAAUUACUUCAAGUUUUUGGAUCUGGUCUGGCAAAACAUUAGUAUCUUGGCGUCAAUUUUUUGAUAAAAUAAAAGGUAGACGAGUAGAGGCUUAUGUAUGA